GGUGCACUUCCGCCGCCUCUGGGUGCCUUGCACGUGGCAGGGCGUGCUGGGCUAGGCUGGAUAGGAGCGGCGGCCGGGCAGGAUGAUGAACCUGACCACGGCGCCCCGCACUCUGCGGCCCACCGGGGCUGUGUGCACUGUGGGUUCGCCGGUGCCUAGUUCUGUCGUGGAGCUGAAUGUUGGGGGUGAGUUGUACACCACCACUGUGGGCACCCUGAGAAAAUUCCCCGGCUCAAAGUUGGCAGAGAUGUUUUCCAGCUCAGCUAAGGCCUGCAGGGAUGUGGAGGGCCGCUUCUUCAUCGAUCGCCCCGGCACCUAUUUCGGAUCCAUCCUGGACUACCUAAGAAGUGGGGAGCUGCCCACGCAGCACAUCCCAGAGGUGUACCGCGAGGCUCAGUUCUAUGAAAUCAAGCCUUUGGUUAAGCUCCUUGAGGACACACCUAAGAUCUUCAGUGAACAGGUGGCUCGGAAGCAGUUCUUGCUGCGGGUGCCAGGCUACAACGAGAAUCUGGAGCUCAUGGUGCGCCUGGCGCGCGCUGAGGCGGUGGCUGCACGCAAAUCCGCAGUGCUGGUGUGCGUGGUGCACACGGAGGAGGAUGUGGCACAGUGCGCGGACACCCUGCGCAUGCUGGAGGCUGAAAAGAAGUCAGUCGUCAGAUUCGGGCCUUGGAAGGCAGCCCCCGACAUCAGGGAUCUCUUGGACUGUAUGGUGAUGGACAUUAAAGCACAGGGGUACCAGGUAGUCUAUGAACACUACUCUGAGAAGGCAUUCUGGACCAAGGGCUUCAAUUGCUUCUAUACAUUCGUCUUCAUCUGGUGGUGACCCCCAGGGGGCGGGGCUGUUUGUUAUGGGCUCUGGUGGGACUUACGAAAUUAAAAGUUGUCUUACAAGCCUUC